AUGGCUUUCGAUUAUUUGGAUCUUGGCAGUAGGAAAAUGAAGAGUGAAUAUAUUGCAGUAGAGCACUCGGUCUAUCCAGUGCUACCCGGCGGAGGUAGACACAAUCCUGGCCAGAAACUGGCCACCAGCCAUGUCAUUAUACUCACCCUGAUCGUGGGGACACUGUUAAUAACAUUGUAUGGAUACUGGGACGUGAUGAUGUUGACGGUACGUGCCACGGCCCCUCUAACCGGGGAGCUGAGAAACGAAUCGCUGGCGGAGCAACUGCAUCGCGAGGUAAGGAUAUUGUGUUGGGUCCUAACCACUCCCAAGUAUCACAAAACGCGGGCGGUGCACGUUAUGAGAACGUGGGGCAAGCGUUGCAACAAGAUCUACUUCAUGACCUCUGCCCCGGACGAUGAACUGCCCACCAUUCUGCUCAAGAAACCCGAUCGGUACGAAGUUCUUUGGGGAAAGACCAAGGAGGCGUUCACUUACCUGUACGAGCACAAGCGGGAUGAGGCUGACUGGUUCCUUAAAGCUGACGACGACACCUAUGUCUUUUUGGAAAAUAUGCGCUAUAUGUUAUAUCCUUAUUCCGCAAAUACUUCCAUUUAUUUUGGAUUCAACUACAAAAUGGUUGGAAAUCAUAAAAAGAAUGAGACUUACAUGUCUGGCGGUAGUGGCUAUGUUUUGUCUCGCGAGGCUCUUCGGACUUUUGCAGAAGGUCUAAAUGAUCCCGGUAAAUGCCGACAGGAGGACGAUCAUGCCGAGGACGUGGAAAUUGGAGAAUGUCUCUACAAUCUUGGCGUAAAAGCCGGCGACUCAAGGGACACUCAGCUCCGGAAUCGGUUCUUUCCUAUAGCACCCUUUGGGGCGCUACUCUCUGGGAAUUACGGCAUGGAUUUUUGGCUCUACAAAUAUGCCUAUUAUAAUCCACGAUCGUGCAUGGACUGUCUGUCGGAUUAUCCAGUGGCCUUUCACUAUAUAAAUAGCAAACAGCUCUACGUCUAUGAUUACUUCGGCUACCAGCUCCAAUUCCCUGGACGAAACAAGCCGGAGGUAUUGCCCAAGAAACUUUUGGACAAAGACAUCGUGAUACCAGAUGGCGAUAAUUAGGUUGUGCACAGAUUUAACAAACACAACGCAAGUUUCCAUCUCCUUUCUACAAUCUCGACACAUUUUCCAUACUAUUUUCUCUUUUUUUUUGGGUAUUUAAAAUAAAUGUAUUAUGACUUUAAUGCAAA